AUGACCACCUACACCCCCGACACCCCCGCCAAGCCCGACUUCCUCGCCACCCUCGAGCGGGACGGCUUCGUCGUCGUGCCCGGCGUUAUCCCCGCUGCCGCGUGCGAACAGUUCCAAGAGUCGGCUCUGAGCUGGCUCGAGGGGUUCCCGUUUGGCUUCAAGCGCGAUGACAGGAGUACCUGGACCGCGGAGCACCUGCCAUACUCUACUACCGGCGGCCUGUAUAACCGCUACGCUGUCGGGCACGAGGACUUUGUGUGGAAGAUCCGCAGCGAGCCUGGCAUCCGCGACGUCUUCGCGCAGGUGUGGGGCACUGACGACCUCAUCUCGAGCUUUGAUGGGUUCAAUGCGAGCUUUCCUAUCAACAAGGAGACUGGGAGGACAGAUAUUGCGCCGACCAAGCCGUGGCCUCACAUCGACCAGAACCCCCGCCGCGUGCACCAGUUCGAGCUGUACCAGGGCAUCGCCAACCUGAGCCCCAACGGCCCGAACGACGGCGGCCUCUGCGUCCUCCGCGGCAGCCACAAGCUCCACGAGGAACACUUUGCCGCCAUUGGCGGCUUCCGUCCCGACCGCGACGCGGGCGAGAACGAGAACGGAUACUUGUAUACGGAAGAAGACUUCCAGUGGUACAAGGACAAGGGGUGCGAGGAGGUCAAGGUGUGCGCGAAUGCCGGCGACUUCAUCCUGUGGGACUCGCGCACGGUCCACUGGAACGCCUCGCCAGUCGGCACGCAGACCCGUUUCGUCACCUAUGUCUGCCUGUGCCCCCGGUCGUUCAUGACGUCCGACGAGCUCACGGAAAAGCGCAAGGUGUUCAACGCGCGCAAGGGCACCACCCACUGGCCGCAGAUGAACCGUAUCCCGGUCGAGCGACCCAACUACCCCUUGGCGCUGCCGAAGCGGCCGGAUGGGAGCGACUGCCCCGCGCACAGGACGCGGCCGUUCAAGGAGCCGGUUGAGACGACUGAUGUGCUGCGUCUUGUCGGUGUCAGGGCGUAG